AUGCUGGACAAUGACGAUUUUGAGGGAUCGUCAGACUACCAGGAGUCGCUCGCGUCUUCGGGCUUCACCUCGCUUGCUUCUCGUGUCAUGAGACACUCGCAUGAGGGUGGGAGACGCUAUCAAUCCUUCUUGCAGGGGAUAUAUCCUCUUCCAAACGAUGAGACGGAACAGUUUCGUGAAGAGAUGAAGCAUCAGUUGAUCAAACGCCUGCUUGAUGAGAAGGACUUCCUGUCUCCCAUCAGCAGCAGCCCGCAAAAGAUUUUGGACGUGGGUACUGGCACUGGUCUUUGGGCUGUGGAAGUCGCGGACCAGUAUCCUACUGCGCACGUCAUUGGCGUGGACAUUUCGCCAAUCCAGAACUCGUACGCCCCUCAAAAUGUCGACUGGAGGAUUGACGAUAUUGAGGAAACCUGGUCACCCCUCUACAAUGAUCUGGACUUUGUGCACUUCAGGUCAGUCAGUGUCACGCUUCGAGACCCGGUCAAAGUCAUCGAGUCAGCGUAUCAAUGUUUGAAGCCGGGAGGCUGGAUUGAGUUCCAAGAAGCCGGCGUCAAGAUUGGAUGCGACGACGGUACCAUGCCUGACGAUUACGCGCCGACAAGAUUCAUGGACCUUUUUGUGCGCACUUUUCGAACACACUACAACUGGGAUCUGGAGAUACCGCUGGUCCUUCCCGAUAUACUGAGGAAGGCUGGCUUCGUCAAUAUUCACUGCCGGACUCAUAAGAUGCCCAUCGGGCCGUGGGCCAAGGACCGACAUCAGCGAGAAAUCGGCCUUUUCGUAAGCCAGGACGUGUUGUGGCAGCUCGUACGCGCUGUGCUCGUGAAGUGGCCGCAGAUGGGAUUAAGCAAGCAGGAAGCCGAUACCAUGGAACAGGACAUCCGAAAGGCGUUCCACGACACGAGAAUACAUGCAUACCUGCCGUGGAUCUCCGUCUGGGCCCAGAAACCCUUCACCUGA